AAGAUAAAAAAAAAUUGAGUGCGCUACAAUUCUACGAAACUAUCAGAAUGUCAUCACCAUUAAUUGAUAAGUUUAAACAGUUAGAUGCUUAUGCCAAGACAUUGGAAGAUUUUAGAAUUAAAACUGCUACCGGUGCAGCAAUUACUAUCAUUGGCGGUAUUGUUAUGACUUUGUUGUUUAUUUCUGAACUUCAUACGUACAUGUCUCCAAACAUAUCUGAAGAAUUAUUUGUCGACACGUCAAGAGGACACAAGCUAAGGAUCAAUUUCGAUAUCGUUAUACCUAGGAUAUCAUGUGAUUACCUGGUGUUAGAUGCUAUGGAUUCAUCAGGAGAACAGCAUUUACAAAUGGAUCAUAAUAUUCACAAACGCAGACUAGAUUUAGAUGGAAAUCCUAUAGAAGAACCUAAGAAACAAGAAAUCGCAAUAUCAUCCACUACUAAUCAUCAAAACAACAGUAUUGCACUUAAAACAACAUGUGGUAGCUGUUAUGGAGCAGCUUACAAUGAAUCUCAAUGCUGCAAUACUUGUGAAGAUGUAAAAGAAGCUUAUAGAAUAAGACGAUGGGCUCUUCCAGACUUAUCAACAAUUGAACAGUGUAAAGAUGAUGACUCUAUUGAAAGAACUAAUUUGGCUCUUAAAGAAGGAUGUCAAUUAUAUGGAUACAUGGAAGUUAAUCGGGUUGGUGGAAGUUUUCAUAUAGCUCCAGGAAAGAGUUUCACCAUCAAUCAUGUUCAUGUUCAUGAUGUGCAACCAUUCUCAUCUUCUGUUUUCAACACCACCCAUAUAAUCAAACAUCUUUCAUUUGGAAGUGAUAUUAAAAGUGGGAAUACUGCACCACUGGAUGGUAUUACUGGCACAGCUAAAGAAGGUGCUGUAAUGUUCCAGUACUACUUAAAAAUAGUUCCUACAAUGUAUGUUAAAUUAGAUAAGACUGUGCUAUAUACCAACCAAUUCUCUGUGACUAGACACCAGAAAUCAGUCUCAAACGCCAAUAUGGAAUCUGGCAUGCCUGGUGCUUUCUUUAGUUAUGAACUUUCACCUUUAAUGGUAAAAUACACAGAAAAGGAAAGGUCCAUUGGGCACUUGGCAACCAAUAUAUGUGCUAUAAUAGGAGGAGUGUUCACAGUUGCUGGUAUAUUUGAUAGUUUAUUAUACCAUUCACUUAACGCUUUUCAGAGCAAGAUGUUAUUAGGAAAAUCUGGCUAAUUCAUAGUGUCUUGAGAAACACAUUAAAAUCAUUUAUAUUA